UUCCAUUCCACUCAACCAUUCGGACACACCCACCACUGCACACACAAUCCACUUUCAUUCCAUUAGCCCGACUUUCGCCAUGCGCUCGUUUAUACUCAUUGCCAUCUCCCUUGCUCUCCUGCAGAGCUCGUCAGCCUUACCGCUUGACAAGAGGGCCGACACCCAGGGCACCGGGAAAGGCGACGCCGACACCCGCUCGUACAUGAGCUGUGCCGACCAGACAGGCGCCUUGAACCUCAACUUGCUGGGCACCACCCACUGCAGCAACGGGCACAAUAUUCCUCGGCCUCAUCCUGACCCUCGGCCUUAUCCCGACCCUCACCCACACCCCCAGCCAUGGCCACUUCCUGACCCUCGGCCACACCCCCAACCAUGGCCACUGCCUGACCCUCGGCCACACCCCCAGCCAUGGCCAUUGCCUGACCCUCGUCCACACCCCCAGCCUUGGCCACUUCCUGACCCACGGCCACACCCCCAGCCAUGGCCACUUCCUCGCCCUCACCCAAUCGUUCCCAAUGACUGGCCCCACCGUCACUUCCCAUACCCUCGACCAUUUCCCGGCCCUACCCCUGAUAUCAUUAUUCCGGACAGACCCGACCGACGAAUCCCCUACAACCCUUACGGACCGGUCAUUCCUUAUCCCCACCCUCAGCCACACCCCGGCCCAGGGCCCCUUCCUCGCCCUCACCCAAUCGUUCCCGAUGACUUGCCUCACCGUCACUUCCCAUACCCUCGACCAUUCCCCGGCCCUACCCCUGAUAUCAUUAUUCCGGACAGACCCGACCGACGAAUCCCCUACAGCCCUCACGGACCGGUCAUUCCCUACCCGGAUGUCACGCCAAUUCCCAUCCCGGAUAAUAUUAGCCCAGACUUCCCAGGUCACCGAUACCCUAACAUUCCUGACUGGAACGUCCCCGGUCACCAUGCUCCUUACGGGCCUUAUCCUCAGGUCGACGAUGACGGCAUCCCCGGACAAGGUGUGAUCGGCCAACAGUCAUCAUCCACUGGAUACGACCGAGCCGACAGUGCGAGCAGUCUCAACACUGGCGGAUCCUUCAACAACGGGAACCUGAUCUCUGGCGCGGGAGCAGCCGGGUUCAACGGCAUCAACACCUUCGGGGCCAAUGGCUUCAGCUCGGGAGGCUCAGUUUACGGCGCUAACGGCAUUGCGGGAAUCCGCGGUGGCGGUCUCUCAGCUUCGCAAUCCUCUUCCAGCCACGAGAGCAACGCCCGAACCUCAUCGACCACCGCGGCUAGUGGCUACGGACCAGCGGGCGGCGUUGCAGUCUCUCAAUCCGCUUCCAACGAAGCAAGCUCCAACCAAGCCUCAUCCUCCACUUUGAUCGCCAAGAACAAGGACAACCAAGUUAAGGACAACAAGGCUUAG